AAGAUGAGAAGAAACAAAGAGGCUACACUUCAGCUUUUAUAAACUCUAGAGAGAUUAUUUAGCGAACACGACACAACUCCUGCCUUUAUUCAUUAUAUCCUGGCUCUUGACUGUCAAUUCCUCUGUGAAAGCGAUCAGGAAUAGCGGACUUUUAACGUGUUCAUAUGUAAACAGGCCUGAUGGAGGAGACACACCGUCAUGAGAAAAUCAUAGAAAAUAAACACUCACUGAAGAGAAAAGGCAAGAAAUGCGUCACCUGCACUCAGUGUGGAAUAAGUCUGUUUAACAAACGGAGUCUCGGAUAUCACAUGAUGAUCCACACCGGAGAGAAACCAUUCACAUGUUCUCAGUGUGGGAUGAGUUUCAGACACCCAUCAAACCUUGUUAAACACAUGAAGAUCCACACUGGAGAGAAACCACACAAAUGUGAUCAAUGCAGCAAAACAUUUUUGAUGGCUUCAUACCUGAAGAGACACCUUACAGUUCAUACAGAGGAGAGGCCUUAUUCAUGCACUGUGUGUGGGAAGAGUUUCAGACAUCCAGAUGGUUUAAGAGAUCAUCAGAAGAUCCACACCGGUGUGAGAGAGCAUAUUUGCUUGGAGUGUGAGAAGACCUUCAUUACGGCUGUAAAAUUGAAAAUACAUGAGAGAAUUCACACUGGAGAGAAACCUUACACCUGUUCACACUGUGACAAGAGAUUCAGUCUGUUAGGAAGCCUGAAAACACAUGAGAGGAUUCACACUGGAGAGAAACCUUACAAGUGUUCACACUGUGCCAAGAGAUUCAGUAUAUUAGGAAGCCGGAAAACACAUGAGAGAAUUCACACUGGAGAGAAACCUUACAAGUGUUCACACUGUGACAAGAGAUUCAGACUGUUAGGAAGCCUGAAAACACAUGAGAGAAUUCACACUGGAGAGAAACCUUACACCUGUUCACACUGUGACAAGAGAUUCAGUAUAUUAGGAAGCCUGAAAACACAUGAGAGGAUUCACACUGGAGAUAAACCUUACAAGUGUUCACACUGUGCAAAGAGAUUCAGUAUAUUAGGAAGCCUGAAAACACAUGAGAGGAUUCACACUGGAGAGAAACCUUACAAGUGUUCACACUGUGACAAGAGAUUCAGACUGUUAGGAAGCCUGAAAACACAUGAGAGAAUUCACACUGGAGAGAAACCUUACACCUGUUCACACUGUGACAAGAGAUUCAGUAUAUUAGGAAGCCUGAAAACACAUGAGAGGAUUCACACUGGAGAGAAACCUUACACCUGUUCACACUGUGACAAGAGAUUCAGUAUAUUAGGAAGCCUGAAAACACAUGAGAGGAUUCACACUGGAGAGAAACCUUACAAGUGUUCACACUGUGACAAGAGAUUAAGUAAAUUAGGAAACCUGAAAAGACAUGAGAGGACUCACACUGGAGAGAAACCUUACAGGUGUUUACACUGCGACAAGAGAUUCAGUGAUUCAAGGAAUCUGAAAAUACAUGAGAGGAUUCACACUAGAGAGAAACCUUACAGGUGUUCACACUGUGCCAAGAGAUUCAGUAUAAUAGGAGGCCUGAAAACACAUGAGAGGACUCACACUGGAGAGAAACCUUAUACAUGUUCACACUGUAACAAGAGAUUCAGUAUAUUAGGAAACCUGAAAAGACAUGAGAGGACUCACACUGGAGAGAAACCUUACAAGUGUUCACACUGUGAAAAGAGAUUCAGUGAUUCAAGGAAUCUGAAAAAACAUGAGAAGAUUCACACUGGAGAGAAACCUUACAAGUGUUCACACUGUGCCAAGAGAUUCAGUAUAUUAGGAAGCCUGAAAACACAUGAGAGAAUUCACACUGGAGAGAAACCUUACAAGUGUUCACACUGUGACAAGAGAUUCAGACUGUUAGGAAGCCUGAAAACACAUGAGAGAAUUCACACUGGAGAGAAACCUUACACCUGUUCACACUGUGACAAGAGAUUCAGUAUAUUAAGAAGCCUGAAAACACAUGAGAGGAUUCACACUGGAGAGAAACCUUACACCUGUUCACACUGUGACAAGAGAUUCAGUAUAUUAGGAAGCCUGAAAACACAUGAGAGGAUUCACACUGGAGAGAAACCUUACAAGUGUUCACACUGUGACAAGAGAUUCAGACUGUUAGGAAGCCUGAAAACACAUGAGAGAAUUCACACUGGAGAGAAACCUUACACCUGUUCACACUGUGACAAGAGAUGCAGUAUAUUAAGAAGCCUGAAAACACAUGAGAGGAUUCACACUGGAGAGAAACCUUACACCUGUUCACACUGUGACAAGAGAUUCAGUAUAUUAGGAAGCCUGAAAACACAUGAGAGGAUUCACACUGGAGAGAAACCUUACACCUGUUCACACUGUGACAAGAGAUUCAGUAUAUUAGGAAGCCUGAAAACACAUGAGAGGAUUCACACUGGAGAGAAACCUUACAAGUGUUCACACUGUGACAAGAGAUUAAGUAAAUUAGGAAACCUGAAAAGACAUGAGAGGACUCACACUGGAGAGAAACCUUACAGGUGUUUACACUGCGACAAGAGAUUCAGUGAUUCAAGGAAUCUGAAAAUACAUGAGAGGAUUCACACUGGAGAGAAACCUUACACCUGUUCACACUGUGACAAGAGAUUCAGUAUAAUAGGAGGCCUGAAAACUCAUGAGAGGACUCACACUGGAGAGAAACCUUAUACAUGUUCACACUGUAACAAGAGAUUCAGUAUAUUAGGAAACCUGAAAAGACAUGAGAGGACUCACACUGGAGAGAAACCUUACAAGUGUUCACACUGUGAAAAGAGAUUCAGUGAUUCAAAGAAUCUGAAAAAACAUGAGAAGAUUCACACUGGAGAGAAACCUUGUAACCUUGAAGGUGUAAGUUCGCCAUAGUCAAAAAAAACUGCAUAUCUGCUUUGUUUCUCUUUAGAUAAUCAAUUCAGACACGUGUUGUGAAAUUAGCUCAGUUUUUGAGUAUUAUGAUCAAUAAUAAUGAGUUAUUAUUAAUUAUGAAAUUGUUAAACAGACUCUAAGAUGGGACAACAGGACAGCCAAACUUCCACAUGUGUUACUUUUCUUUCCACUGAGAGUCUAGUUAAGUUUAGUGUGUCGCGAAGCCAGAAGUCCACAUGACAGCAGUCUUUUGUCGUCUCGAACGUGAAUCUCCAGACUUAACUCCAAGCCUCAAGUGAACAUCGAAUCAACAACAGGCGAACCCAUGCGGGAACCCAGUUUGGCAGAGGCAGUUCUCCACAUCACAGAAGGAACACAGGUCUGAUGGAGAAGUGUGGAAAGAGUUUGGUAUGCAAAAAGACUCGCAUGAGGAUUCACACUGGAGAAAAAGCAUUCACAUGUACAUGUGUGGGAAGAGUUUCAGACAAUCAUCAAUCCAUUAAUUCAAUUCAUUUUUAUUUCUCUAGAUUGUCAAAGCAGAUUAAAAUAAAUUGAGUUCUGGUGAACUGAUACUGCUUCAGUCCAGUUUUCACAGCUGAAGAUCAGUUUAGUGUAAAAUAAAUGUCACUGCUGGAAACCGAAACUCUGAACAGUAAAGAGUAACUCCACAAGUCCCAAACCAAGCAUGACAGUGGCAAGGAACAAACUUCACCAAUUGACAAAAGAAAAGGAAAAACCUGGAGAAAAAAAACAGGCUCGACAGGGCACAACCAGUUCUCUUCUGGCCAAAUGUCUAGUGCAGCCGUGAGGAAAAUUUUUUGUGUUGAGAGGCGCAUCUGUUGAACGGUUUACUAACAGCCGUGAGUGUUUUA